AUGUCGGAAGAAGAUAUCUCGUUGCCCAUCAUUGACCUUAGCGGCUAUCUGUCGCCAAAGUCGCCUGAUGAUCGGCAGAAUGUAAUUGAGCAAAUCCGGGAUGCCUGCCGGGACUUUGGCUUUUUCCAGCUUAAAGGCCAUGGUAUACCAAUAAGCCUGCAGAAGGAGCUGCUGAAAAGUCUCGGCACACUUUUUAGCAUGCCCAAGGAAGAGAAAAUGAAGCUCUCCUAUCUGGAAAAUCCGUGCCGUCGAGGAUAUGAAGCAUCAGGCAUGUCAAUGCGAGAGGGAGACGCAAUGCCGGAUUCGAAAGAGGCCUACUACCUUGGUCGAGAAGAUCCCGUUGUGGAGUUCUCCGGCUUUUAUGGGCCCAACGUCUGGCCGAAUCUUCCUGAAGAGGAUUUUCGUGGCCCAGUGUGGGAAUAUUACCAAAAGACUAGCCAACUAGGUAAGACUAUUUGGGAAGUCUUACUCCAGGGUCUGGGUUAUAGUACGGACUUGAUGGAAGCAUUUGCCAAGAGGCCACUUGUGCAGAUGAAGUUGAUCCGUUAUCCAUCUCCCAGCGUAACCCUACCGGGCCAGUUUGGUGUGGGCGCACACAACGACUUUGGAGGCGUUACCGUUCUUUUACAGCAAGCAGGAAAGGACGGCCUCGAAGUUUGGCUGGAAAAGCAGCAAAAGUGGCUUUCCGUUCCCGCCAUCGAGGAUGUGUACGUCAUUAACUGUGGCGACAUGAUCAUGAAGUGGAGCGGUGGUCGUUACAAGAGUGUGAGGCACAGGGUCAUCAACAAAACAGAGGGCGAAAGACUCUCGUGUGCGACCUUUUGGCACGGUGACGUGUUCGCAACCAACCCACUGAAUCCAGAGGAUCCCAACAAGGAGACCGUCGGACAAUUGCUAGUGAAGCGAUUCCGUCACCAAAUGUCUAUCCACAAAGAGGGCCUUGCUCAAGUUGGAGAGCUCUAA